AUGGAAACUGAAGAGUCAGACGUCCUCAGAAAGUUAAAUGAACGUCCAGAAAACAUUCGAAAUUUCUGCAUGUUGGCUCAUGUAGAUCACGGAAAAACAACUCUAAGUGACUAUCUGGUGGCAAGCAAUGGUAUCUUGUCACCGCAGCUAGCGGGAGAUGUCCGACUCUUAGACUCCCGCCCAGAUGAACAAGAACGACGCAUUACUAUGAAGGCUAGCUCCAUUGCCCUAUAUCACGUGCACAAAGGUGUGCGCCAUGUACUGAACCUCGUGGACUCACCGGGACACAUUGACUUUUCCUGUGAAGUGUCGACGGCGAUGCGUUUGUGUGAUGGCGCCGUAAUCAUUGUGGACGUCAUCGAUGGGGUCACACAACAAACCUGCGCCAUACUGCGCCACAGCUAUGACGAGGGGUUGUCCAUGUGCCUUGUGCUUAACAAGAUAGACCUGCUUAUUACCGCACAGCAGUGUACAGCAGAAGAAGCCUAUACAAGCAUGCGCUCCAUUAUUGAAACGUGUAAUGCCACAUUAGCUGCACAUGCGAAUCAAAUGAAGAUCCAAGGGUGGAAACACGACAUGGAACGUGAUGACCCCAGCGACGAUGUUUGGUUUGAUCCUGCGAAAGGUAACGUGCUUUUUUGUAGUGGUCACGAUGGCUGGUGUUUUGGGGUGGAAACUUUUUCCACCCUCUACGAGGGAAAGUUGCCGACACAUAACCUGAGGGAAGUGCUGUGGGGGGAGCAUUACUUAGAUGUCAAGAAUAAGACCAUCAGCACCACACCGAUAAAGGAUGGUCAACAGCCUCUAGCAGUGCAGCUGAUGCUAGAGCCUAUCUGGCAGCUAUACACGACAUUUCUCGUCUGCGGGGACGUGGAUCGGCAGCGGAAGAUGUCCAUCAAGCUAAACAUCGAUGAAAACGUUUGGAACAAUCCACGCAGCGACGCCCACACGAAGCUCAAGGCUUUCUUGAGUUGCUGGAUGCCUCUGGCGAUGAGCGUGUUGAAUACCGUGUGCGAGAAAGUGGAUAGUCCUAUAAAGGCGCAGCGUAAGCGACUUCCUGCACUUAUCCAAGAUUUAGAGAAAGCUCCAGACUACCUAAGAAAUGCGCUACUAAACUGCGACCCAUCGCCGGAUGGGCCCUGCGUUGCGUAUGUCUGUAAACUCAUUGAUACCCGACAUCUUGUGGGUCGCGUCAUUGGAGGUGUGGAAAAUGAGGAGGAUGCUUUCAUUGGCUUUGCACGAAUUUACUGCGGUCGGCUGCGCUCCAAGGGUGAAGUAUUUGUGCAUAGUGACAAACAGGUGGUGGUAUCGAGAGUAUCAAAGGUAUUUAUGUUCCGCGGGGUAGGUUUGGAGGAGACAGCAGAGGUCGGAGCGGGCUUGUUGUGCGGGAUCGGUGGUCUUACACCGAUCAUCACAAAAUAUGCCACCAUUAGCACAGUGCCCCAUGUGGCACCUUUCAAACCACUUAUACUGCCCAGCACGUCCAUUGUUCGUCUCUCCGUUUUUCCGAAGGAUCCAAAAAAACUACAGCACCUCGAAAAUGGAAUGCGGCUGUUAUACAAGGUCGAUCCACAGGUCGAGGUCAGCGUGUUGCCGACUGGCGAGCACGUUAUUGGGACUGCUGGUGCUGUGCAUGCGGAGCGAUGCAUUAGGGAUCUAGUCGAUACCUUUGCCCAGGUCGAGGUCACAGCAUCCGAGCCGCUGGUGUCUUUUCGGGAAUCCAUCAUUGGUAACCUCAAUGCGAAGCCGAAGUUGUAUACAGGUACUGUUUCGAACGAUGCGUUUUCCAUCACGCUUUAUGCCCGUUGCAUGCCACAGGAGGUGCUCGAUAUCAUCAGUGACGAUGAGAAGAACAACAGCAAUAAUGCGGAUGUCGUAAAACAGGUAGAUGGCGCGCUCCGUAGCCACAAACGCUACGUGAAUGAGAUGAAGACCGGUCUGAUUUCCUACGGUCCUGUGAAAUUUGGCUUCCUAGGUGCUGUGCUGUUGGCUGACUUUGAAAAUGCAAAAGACAUAGCAGCCUCCCAAAAGAUUCUGAUUGAGUUGAAGGAAUCCAUUGUAGCAGGAUUCCAAGCUGCAGCGGAGAGCGGCCCCAUGGCUCAGGAACCCCUCUACGGGCUGGCCUUUGUUAUCACUGACCUCUCUCUUGAUGUGACAAUCAGUCUUUCGGGUGGAAUGGUUUUGCCAUGCGUCCGUGAAGCCUGCCGUGCCGCCAUGGAGCAGCACCAGUGCCGUCUAGUCGAGCCUGUAUACGAGUGUACAGUGUAUUCUUCGGGUGCCACGCAAGGCAAAAUCUACUCCUCUCUUAGCCGUCGUCGGUCUGAAAUCAUCGAGGAAGUGCAUAAUGAAGGCAGCGACCUCUUUUACAUUAGUUGUUGGUUGCCUGCUGUCGAAGCCUUUGGCUUGCAGGAUGAACUUCGUGUGCUCACACAAGGUGCUUCUACGGCACAACUACGCAUGGAUCACUGGUCCUACAUUGAAGCGGAUCCCUUCUUUGUGCCGACCACGAAGGAAGAGUUAGAGGAGCACGGUACAGAAGUAUCUGCAAAGAAUGUGGCUGCUAAACUUCUAGAGCGUGUAAAGCGUCGUAAGGGCCUUUUCCGUGAGCGCACGGUUGAAAGCGCCGAGAAACAAAAGUUCUCCCUCAAGGCUGCUUAA